CUUCUCCUACCUACUACCACCACCACCACCUAAACCACCAUCACUUCAUCAUCAUUGUUCCCUCUCUACUAUCUCCCCUUGCUCAUUUCAUCCCUUCCUGACCUUUCGCUUCAGCGAUGACCAGCAUGCAGAAUGAAGUCCUUUUCCAGUUCGGCCAUUAAUAAGUCGGGCAAGAAGUUUGCCCCCAAGGCGCCCGCUCGCCGUCCUCCAGCCUCCGCUCCCCCCAGAAGACCUACUGUAGCCUCCCAGCCAUCUGCCUCUCAGACUCCCCAACCGCCGACAGAGACAGCAACUCCCGAACCAGGUCCACCGGCCCCCGCUGUUCAGCCCUCCGUUCCUACUGCACCUUCAAUCCCAGAGGAGUUAGCAGUCUCUCCUAAAGAGAAGGUCGCCGUGCCUCAGUCUGCGACGGCCAUUCCAAUCCCCCGUCCCAAGCGGAAGGCUUCGGUGUCUGCAGUCUCCCCGGGAACCAUAGAACAGAUCUCAACCCCUCCUCAACCUACCCCGCCUACACCUACCGCGCCAGAACCCCAUGUCGAGCAGAUACAGGCUACUGUGAGCGACACUGCGACUGCUGUCCCCGAGACACAGAUAUCCCGCCCCGAUAAUGACGCGACAGUGAUUCGUCCAUCCAAACGUCCCAAGACCACCGGAGAAUCCACCGCCAUCACCACCGAUGCUGUCCCCACCGUUUCCGCUCCUUCUGCCGCUGCUGCUGCUCCUCAUCCUGCUACGACUACGCGCACCACCCAAUCAAUUGCGAUAGACGCCAAUCCCCAACUCGUUACUCCUCCAGCAACGCAGGCGGCACUCACAGAUAGCGAAGGGACUACAGAUGCACGCCCUAGAACUGACUCGCAGGUUACUAUUGCCGAACAAGGUCGAAAGCCAACGAGGACUAGACGGAAAUCAGUGAAGGAUGUCAAUGGGGAAAAUGCGACAAAGAAGAAGGAAAGGAAGCCUCGAACACGCAAGAAGCGCGAGCCAACCCCCGAAGGCGCCGAAUCUGUCGAGAUCGCCCCCGCAAUGGUCAAGAUGUCGGAGCUGUGCAAGGAUUUGCGCACGGGUAAAAUGUCCAAGCGUGAGACUGAGCUGCGCAACAUGGAACAGGCGGAGCAGGAGCGUAAGCAAAAAGCGCAGCAGGAAGGCGAUACCGAGGCACUGGUAAAAGAAAACGGGAACGACGCGUCUCCCGCCGGAGACCAGGAUGAGAACCCAGACAAUAAGGCCCAGGCUGGACCAGUGAUGAGGAUCGUUAACGGAGAGAUUGUGCUCGACACUGCUUCAUUGCAGGUGGAUCGCCAUGCCGACGCCGCGAGGAAUGCUGGGGACCUCGAGGAUGUUAUCGAAAACUCGUUUACUCGCAAAAUCAACCAGGCGACAUAUGGAAAACGCUCCAAGACCGAGUCCUGGGACGAGGAGAUGACCGACCUUUUCUAUCGGGGCUUGCGCAUGUUUGGUACGGAUUUCAUGAUGAUCAGCAAGUUGUUCCCGGGCCGUUCCCGGCGCCAGAUCAAGCUCAAGUUCAACAACGAAGAACGUCGUGACCCCCAGCGGAUCAAAGAAACACUGUUGGGCCCGCGGGAGACCAUUGACAUUAGUACCUACUCGGAGAUGACCAACACUGUCUAUGACGACCCCAGGCUGAUCCAACAAGAGUUGGACGAGGAGCGGAAGCGGAUUGAGGCACAGCACGCUAAAGAGAAGGAAGCGCAGGAAGAGAUGCUUCGUAAUCCUGACGGUGCGGCUGGUGGUGCCGACGGCACUGCAGCCAACGACGUGCCUGUCAAAGCGAAGCGGAACAGCAGAAAACAAGCCAUGAAAGCCAUGGCUGGUGGCACUGAAGAAGUUUUGGGCACCAUUGAUGAUAUACCUUGAGUACGCAGGAUCGAUAAAUUUAUAUUUUACGGCCGAUUUCAAUACCAUGCGGGGAUAUAGGUGUUUUUGGCGUUGCAGACCAGACCAGUUAUACUGCCUGGUGCAGGAGUUUACUUGGGUUCCUGUUCGUCUUUCUUUUGCCCCCCGGUGAUGAUGAAUGUCUGUUUGUUUACUCUAUUUGCUUACUACACCGUGGUCGGCUGAAGUAGUGGUAAUUAUCCGACGAUUUGGUCCUACGUGUAUCUUAGUGGUCGGCCAUUACAACGAGAAUUUCAAAAGAAU